GUAGAGAGAGAGUGAGAGUGAGAGACGCAGGAGGCUAAAAGGGAGUAAGAACUGGAAUAACUGAUGACAGGAAGAGAAAAAGGACUGACACUUGUGACAGAACAGCAGGUGGACUGGACAGGAACCUGCAUCACACACAAGGAUAUAACUGUUUUAAUUUAAAAGGAAGUACCUGUGACAGACAACUAACCAGAAAGAAAAAGGAUGUGUACGUGUUGUUUCUUUUCCUGCAGGCCACAAAGUGGGUCAACACCUGAGAGGAGUAGCAAGGACUGAGGCAGUUUUGUCCUGCUGAGAGAGCUCAUGAGAGGGGGGAGUGAAACUGAAUUGCUGGAGAAACAAUUGUUAGCCACUUUGAAACAGGCCUCCAGAUUGCUGUUUGUGUGCCUUACAAUUAAUUUUUAACUUACUGGUGUGGUAAAUGGAUUAUCAUUAACCUAUGAACAGCAACAAACUUAAAACUGGUUUUACAGGCUACAUGUGGAAUAAUGUAACUAAACUAAACGGUGGAGUAACAUUUUUUUGGGUGACAAUUUUUAACAGAAAUUGAUAACGAUAACCCAUCACCUUCCAAGUGGUCUACAGUAUAGGAGCGAGCACAUCCACAGUUACUCUACUGUACUUCCACCAUGGAGACCUCAGGACCUGAACAUGAUGAGUCCUUUGACUUCCUGUUUAAGAUCAUCCUGAUUGGAGACUCUAAUGUAGGGAAGACCUGCUUGGUUCAGAAUUUUAAGUCUGGGAUCUUCUCAGAGAGACAGCAGAACACCAUCGGAGUGGAUUUCACCGUACGGACCGUGGAUAUCGAGGGGAAGAAAGUUAAGAUGCAGGUGUGGGACACGGCUGGUCAAGAGAGGUUUCGGACGAUCACUCAGAGCUACUACCGCAGCGCACACGGAGCCAUCAUCGCCUAUGACAUCACUCGACAGGGGACCUUUGACUCUGUGACUCACUGGAUCAAAGAGGUGGAGAUCUAUGGAGCAAACAAUGUGGUGCUGGUUCUCAUAGGUAACAAAUGUGACCUGGAGAAGGAAAGGCAGGUUCAGUUUGAGGAUGCCUGCAAUCUAUCAAAGGAGAAAGAAAUACUAGCUGCUCUGGAAACAUCAGCCAAGGAGAGUCAGAAUGUGGAUGAAGCGUUCAUCAUGAUGGCCAGAGAGCUGCUGUCUCGUAACGGCCUCAAUGUCCAGCAGGAGGACUCGGAGAGGAACAACACGCCUCGAGUCCUCCUCCGGUCCAACUCUAGGCCGAUAAAUGGUCUCAUGACUGAUCACACUCCACCAGAGAAGAAGACAUGUUGCUGAUCACAACGUGGAGAGGACAGGGAAGUGGGCAAGGACACUUAUGGAGAGAGAAGAACAGAUGCAUUGAUGGAAUAAGGCUGGCCUCAAGAACCCUUGGAUUCAGGACGUUUUAAUAACUAUGGACAAAUUAUUUCUGCUUACUUUUUUUGUAGCUUACCUAGGCAUACAUUAUUGUUCAGCUGAUGCUACAGGAAAAUAGUUGGCAUGUUAAGUAAUGGGGAAUUAAGAAACAGCGGGUAAAGUUACAGCAAGCCAAUCUUAUUUAUAUCAGCUAUACUUGGAUUGUUUCAUUGUUAAUCCAAUGAUUUUAAAGGUUGCGCUAACAAUAUUGAUGCAGAUAUCAACAAACGAACUAUUCCAAGCAUCCUAACAAUCCGGGAUAGACUAUAACAUGUAAUAACUGCAUAUAUGAGUGAGUAUUUCACCCAAGUGACCUCUUGUGGUGCCGGUAUGACGAGAUGUGAUCCUCUGCUGCUGCUGAGCUCCAGACGAAAACGUCCUGGAGAAGCUGCUGCGAGCCAAAAGACUGUGAAUUAUCAAUAUGUGUGACAUCAUGAUGUCUUACAUUGUCAUGGAUUCAUAUAAAAGGCUGUGAAUGUCUUCUUUAACUCUACCUGUGUACUACUAAAUAGUAAACACUAGAUGGCAGUGUGCUGUAACACAUAGCUCAUUGCUCUAGUCUAGACAAUAAAUAACAUGUAACUUAAAA